AAACCACAAAAAGGCCAACAAUCUGUGGAUAAUGACAUUUCUCUGUUUGUCUCUAAACAAGGGGCAAUCUUGGAACUUGGAACUUCAAUUUCCCAAUAUUUAGGAGUUUUUAAAAGAAAGAAGAUAAUACGUUACUGUAAGUCUGUAACCACAGAGUGAGGAGCUCAAAGUAUGGAAGAAAAAACGUUGGAAAUGUUUGAAGUUGGAACCUGUGAGGAUGACUACCGGUUUGGUUUUCUCAUAGGGCAGCGGUUCUCGAAGCUUAUAAGGAGCAGGCUGGAGAGAGACCUUAUUCUUCAGAACCAGCUCCUUCCUUUUGCUGGAACAUCACAGGGACAACAGCUCAUCGAAGCCCUCUCACAGACAAACCAAAACAAGUUCUCAAGAUACUGGGAUGAGCUCUUAGGGACUGCGGAAGGAAGUGGUGUGCCUUUUCUCCAUGUAAUGUUCACGGUUCAAAGCAUUCAAACUGUUAUGUCAUUGCAUUCUGUAUCUAAUGCGUAAUAAUCAUGUAGAUGUUCAUCAUUUGCAGAUAAUACUCGUCAAUUUCAGGAAAGAGAUACUUCCCUUCAUUCCAAAGACGGUGGGCGAUACUAAUGUUGAUACCCCAGAUGACUGCUCUGAUGUUAUUGUUGUGAACGAGUCCAUGGCCCUGGCAGCUCAUAAUGAGGAUGCAAACGUUGCACUAGUUGGCCACACGUAUAUAUGAAUCUGGAAGAGUCUUACCUGCCUUGAAUCUAAACAUGCGUCUCUAACAUUUAAACAUCUCCCUCUGGUGUUUGCAGAUAUCUAAUCAAGCGAACACUAUCAAAUGGACUAUCCUUCAUUGGUUACACAUAUGCUGGCGAGCUCCCAAGCUGUGCAUUCGGAUUCAACAGUCAUGGACUGGUAAAUAUUCUUUCCACAUCAUAAAUAAAGGCCAACCUAUGCUCUCAAGAGUUAUCCUGUAAAAUGAGAGUUAAAAACAAUCAUGACUAUGAAAUCUAAUGCUUUGUCGAUACAUACCUUAGGCUUUUACGCUGAAUUCAGUACCUCCAACUGAAGAUGAGAUUGUUCCUGCUCGCAUUGGACGGAACUUUGUCUCCAGAGACCUUCUUGAAGCAACUAGUAUUGCAGAUGCAUUAGUGGUAAGCUCCUCUAACUUUCACUUCUCAU